CGACAGCAGCGCACGUGAUCUGAUGCUCCCCCUGACUUAGGCCAAGGAUGUCGUUCAACUUUGGCUCGUUCGGCCAAGCUGGCACAUCGACGCCGACUUCAAAGCCUGCAACUUUUGGCAGCUUUGGCCAAGCUGCGACGUCCAAACCAGCCGCCACGACGGGCUUCUCUUUCGGCACACCUGCAGCGUCUACAUCGACCGCUGCGCCUGCCUUGACAACGACGUCGAGCCCGUUCAGUUUUGGCACGCCAGCAGCGAGCAAACCGCCAACGAGUCAGUCUGCUCCAUUCUCUUUUGGCCAAUCGACCACGACACCUGCAGCAUUCGGAGCCAGCACGUCUGCUCAGCAACCUUCUGGCUUCAGCUUCGGCGGCAGCACGCAGAACGCGACUGCGCAGAAUGCAAACCCCUUUGGUCAAUCUCAGCCUGCUCAGCAGCAGCAACAGCAGCAGCAACAGCAACAGGCAAGCGCGAUCACAAAGACAACGCUUUUCGAGGACCUGCCGCAGGAAGCAAGGCAGCUGCUAGAGUCUAUCGAGACGCACAUCACCGGCAGGAUACAAGUACGCGAUGAACUCAAAGCCAAAUCGCUCGGUCAGGCGAUUCAGAAGAAUACAGAGACGCUGUCUGUGCUCAGCACGGAGUACAACUCCCUGACGUCUCUGCUCGCGCAAAGCUCGAAAGCCGUCAUCGAUGCGAGGGCCCGAUACGAGCAAGAUCUCAGAGACGCAAUGAAAGUUCAGACGCUGGUAGAGGGCUUCAGGAGUCCGCAGAGCAAAGGUCAAGCGGCUAAAGCGAUCGCCCAAUUCCCCUACGAGUUCUUCGUCCGCAAGGUAGACGAACUUUCACACAGGCUGAAGCUGUACAAGCUGAGCGUAGAGCAAAUCGCACAUCAACUGCGAAGUACGAAUCCGGAUCAAGUCAAAGCGAUUGUGCCGACGCUUAGGACACAGCAUGCGCUCGCGAUGUCACUGGCAUCAUCUAUCGCUCGGUUACAUGCGGACGUCGACAUUCUCGUGACUCAGUACACGAAGCUGUGGCGAGACAAAACAGGCAGCGCGCGGGAUCCCUUUGAUGAGGUCAGAGCGAGCAUCAGGAACGCUGCUAGUCUAGACAGUCUGCCUCAGGUAGAUGGCAUGCGCUUGUGAUCCCAGUGCGAGGUACAUGCAAUGCAUUGUGUCUAUGAGCACAGGC